AUGGAUAUUCACCGCUCUCGCUUCGUGGCCUACCCGUCAUCGGCCAUCAACGCCCUUUCAUUUUCUCGAUCAAGCGACAAGAAUUACACGGAUCCCAGACCCGCGCUGAAGCUCGCCCUCGGUCGCGCAAAUGGAGACAUAGAGAUCUGGAGCGCCGAAAGAGGAGACUGGGUGCAAGAGUCGGUCUUCCCAGGAGGCUCAAAGAGAAGCGUGGAUGCGCUGGCGUGGAUUCAAGAGCCGGACGACACAGAUUAUGAGGGACACACAAUUCUCGGCCAGCUGCGCCUGUUCAGCAUUGGCUCGACGGCAGCUGUGACGGAAUGGGACCUGACGACAGGCAAAGAGCUGCGCUCGUCGACUGGCAACUUCAGCGAGGUGUGGUGUUUUGCCGCCCAGCCGCGCUGGCGUCCGACCAAGACUUCGCGUGAGGACGAGUUCCGUGGCCAGAACCUGGUUGCUGGCACAGGCGACGGCACCCUUGCCAUUCUCUCCACCGAGGACAACGACCUCGUCUUCAAACGAUUUCUGGCCCGCGGCGGCAAUCGCAAGACGCGAUGCAUGAGCGUGACAUGGAAGGACAGAGACACGGUCGUCGCCGGCUUCACCGACAGCACAAUCCGCAUCUACGACGCCCGCAAUGGCUCCCUGUUGCGCAACCUCAGCUUGGGAGCAGGUAUCCCCGGUGCUCCCCGAGACACGCUGGUCUGGAAGGUCAGAUGUCUGCCCAACGGUGACAUUGUGUCGGGUGAUUCUAACGGCCAGCUCAAGUUCUGGGACGGAAGAACAUACACCCUGUCACAGAGUGUGAACGGCCACGAUUCCGACUGUCUGGACCUUAUCAGCAGCACCGACGGCAACACUGUCUUCUCGGGCGGCAUGGACGGUCGCAUCGCCGUGUACAAGCUGGGCGGCAAAGAAGGCGACAAGAGAAGGUGGGCAAAGACCAGCCAUCGUCGCAUGCACGAGGGCGAUAUCAAGGCAAUGGCCGUCUACGACUCCAAGCACAUGAGCGUCGUUCUUUCAGGAGGUCUCGAUACUACGCCCUUCGUAAUCCCGCUUCGCAACUUCAACAAAGAAAACCACCGCAGACUCCCUGGUCUACCGCAGAACCCCGUCCUUGCUUCUUGCCCCCAACAGCGCAUGCUCGUCAGCUGGGCCGAGAGCGAGAUCAGCAUCUGGCGCAUGUACAAGCAGAGCUCCGAGCGCGUCCCCGUACCCGAAGACACCAGAAAACUCCUCACUCGCAUCCAAAUCGACUCGAAAGAAGCCAUCACCUCGGUUGCCAUCUCUCCCGAUGCUUCCCUCCUCGCCGUGUCUACCAUCGAUUCUGUCAAGCUGUUCCACCUCUCGCGCACCGAAGACGACCGUGAAGACCGCUUACGCGUACGCAAGAUUGCUGCCCCCGACUCUAUUGCUGAAAACGGCGCCCGUUUGAUCACCUUCUCACCCGACGGGAGAUGGCUGGCAGCAGUGACACCGCAGAGCGAAGUCUGCCUGACAAGAAUAGAGGAUGAUUCGGACAAGCCCACCUUCUUGGACGCAAAUGUUGAGCUGGAGCGUCAGACCCGCAAGGUCACAAUCCAGACUGGCCUCAAGAAGUACGAGCGCGCCAUCAACAGGCUCGCCUUUUCGCCCGACAGUGCUGUUCUGGUUGCCAGUGAUCUCUCUGGUUAUCUGGAUAGCUGGGUACUCGAAGGUCACUACGACUCGACUGCUCCUGCCAUGGACACUGCCACAAAGUCUUCUUCGGGCUCAGACAAGGCCACUGAUUCCGACGAUGACAGCGACAGCGACGAUGAGGACGAGACCACGGUUUUAUACGGCCAGCAUUGGACAGACAACCCAUCAGGCAACUUGCUGCCCAGGCUCGACUCUGCACCUCUUGUUCUUUCUUUCCAACCACUUACACCGGCGCAACAAGAAGAGCCCACUGUGAAUGGCAACCCUGGUGUCCAUCCUACCCGCAACAACCCUCAUCCUACAUCUCACGCCCUUCCCUCUACCAAAUCUCCUCUUUUCGUCGUCACAUCUCACCACCAAGUCUACACAUUCGACGUCUUGGCCGGACGCCUCACGGAUUGGUCGCGCAGAAACCCUACGAGUGUUCUGCCUGCCGAGUUCCAGACCAUCAAAGAUCGCGCCAUGGGUGUCGUAUGGGACGUCAACGAUGCUCGUGCCCGUGCCUGGCUGUAUGGUGCCAACUGGGUCGGCAUGCUCGACCUGUCACAAAACUACGAACCCUCUAACGUACUAGACGAAGCUUUGGAGGACGGUGAAGACGAUAUCUCUGCCCAACACACACCCAGCAAGAAGCGCAAGCGUCGCGAGAGCAACAAAUGGGGCAAGCUCGCCGAGCAACGCAAAAAGGCAAAGGGUAUGGGCGGUGCUGGUGACAAGGCUGCAAGCGGAGAAACCAAGGGUGUUGUAGAUGAGAUCCGCCGCAUCGAGGACGGCAAAGCCAUCGAGCUCACCAACGGCACCUCUCACGAGCAAGAAUUGGAUGACGAAGAAGCACUAGAGGAUGCAGUGGGCCCUCUGCGUCGCGGCAACGAUGACGCAGAAGCAGACACAAAUGGAGGCGCAGAUGGUGCUCUAGCCGUCACUUCAGCAGGCCGGAGAAAAUGGUGGUGCACAUACAGAUACAGACCUAUAUUGGGCAUGGUGGCCAUGGGCGAAAAGACAUCAGACGCGGAUGAAGAACAGCCUGAAGCCGUGCUGGUGGAACGUCCGCUAUGGGAUCUGCCACAACUCCAAGAGCUAGGCAAAUAA